AGAGAGGCCCCUGAGUCUUGGACCAGCCACCUGCCACCACCCUCCGACCUGCCAGAAGCUGCCCAGGGACAAAGAAGAACACAGGUCAUUUAUCUCCAGCCUUUGAGAUCUGUGUGGAGGAGCAGUUGCAGCAGCGCAAGCCGCGGGAGGAGCUGAGACAGCAUGGCCUGGCAGGGGCUGGUGCUGGCCACUUGCCUCCUCGCGCUGCCCUCCGCCACAGCGGACUGCCUGUCUGGCUGCUCCUCGUGUGCUGUGAAGACCCAGCGUGGGCCCAAACCCGUCAACCCUCUGAUUUGCUCCCUGGAAUGCCAGGCCAGCCUGCCGCCAGCUGAGGAAUGGGAAAGAUGCCAGGAGCUUCUGUCUUUUUUCAGCCCUUUCACCCUCGGGCUCAAUGACAAGGAAGACCUGGAGAGCACGGCAGCUUUAGAAGAGCCCUAUAGUGAGCUGGCCAAGCGGGUGGGGCCCUUCCUGAAGGAGCUGGAGAAAAACAGAUUCCUCCUCAGCGCCCCAGCGGAGGAGAAUGCUCUGAGCAGGAGCUUGGCAGAGAAGCUCAGGGGUCUCUCUGGCAAGUUGGGGGAGGGAGUGGAGUCUGAGCUGAUGGGGGACGCCCAGCCAAAUGAUGGCUCCGUGGAGGCUGGAGCACUGGCUUCUGAUGAGGAGGACCCCAAGGAGCAGGUCAAACGCUACGGGGGCUUUUUGCGCAAAUACCCCAAGAGGAGCUCAGAGGUGGCUGGGGAGGGGGACGGGGAUAGGGUGGGCCGUGAGGACCUGUACAAACGCUACGGGGGCUUCUUGCGGCGCAUCCGUCCCAAGCUCAAGUGGGACAACCAGAAGCGCUAUGGGGGUUUUCUCCGGCGCCAGUUCAAGGUGGUCACCCGGGCUCAGGAAGACCCCAAUGCCUACUCCGGAGAGCUUUUUGAUGCAUAAACACCUCCCCAUCGUGGAGUUGAGUCAGGAACUUCCCCUUACACCCUUCCAGAUUGGAAUGCACUCAUUCAUCUUCCCCUGUGUCCCCCGCCCCGUGCUCAGCUCAGCAUUGUCUACAAAAUCUAAACCCAGCCUGCCUCUCUUCUGCCUGGGGUGCAGUGUUUGUCUGGGGUCAGUGAGGCGGAAGGGUGGAGAUUCCCCUCUCCAAUAGACUUCGUGCUCGCUCAGACCCCAGACCUCUAGAGCUAUGACCAGCAGCAGCCUUUGAUAUCAGUCCCUCCACCCCAUUCAUGUGACUCCCCAAUUCCAGAAAUCCAGACUGACCUGUUCUUCAUCCCUCUAGAUCUAUGAUCUCCAAACUUUACCGAUCAUAUGCCCCUCUCAGAAGAAAAAUGAGCGUAUCCCCUGCCAUGCAGGUAUAGUCACUUAGAUAGUAUAUAUGUAACAUAAAGCAUACAAAAGGUAGAAAUUUAAAACAAGAUGGAUAAACAAAUACAAAUCCUAACAUUUUAUUCCUAAACCUUAAAUGAUCUCCCUGUGCACCCCACUUUGGAGACCAUGCUUUAGGUAAAAAGCUGAUACAGUGCCUUUUAUUGGAGCAGGAAUUCCUACUAGUCUUCUAGUGGGUUAGACCGUCAGUCGAUGUGGUCUGAGUUCUCAUAGCGUAGAAACACACGUCUUGAAGAACCAAGUUCCUGGACUCCAUGUUGGUACCCUGGACAGCGCCCAACUCCUCACAGGAGAGGAAGGGAAUGAACGUGCCUUUCCUACUAGUUAAUGAGAAAAGUUCUCCCUCCCAAUGCUGAAAUGAUCAAGGCGGGAGCGAGGCAAACCAAUUUGUUCUGUGCAACAAACUUAAAAUGUGAACCAGUUCCCUCAGCCCUCAUUAAACUAAUUAAACUGAUCGGUAUCACUUUCCUACCCCAGGAUGAACUGAAGCUGAGUCGAGUUGAUGAGGUUAAGCACAACCAUGUUCUUGAGCAGCUGAAUCAGCUGCCAAGAGUCCAAGCCAUCUGGUCAACCAUAUGCAAUGGGCAUUGGGUAAGGGAAUCCAGAAGCAACAGCUAGAAAGAGAAAAAAGACACUCUUCAACCCCCCGAUGAUUCUUUCCUCUUAAUGUCUCAAAAUAAAACUGAAAGAGGAAUGAAAUGAUUAAGUGCUUGAGGCCAAAUGAAUUCCCUUGAUUCAAAUAACCCAGAAUCAGAGGCAGAGACUCCCCAUGCCUUGGUUUCAAAGUCCCCUCUCUCUAUGUCUCUGUCUCUCUCUCUCUCUGUCUCUCUUGCUAAUUCGUCCCUAGACACUAUGGUUUUGUGGAUCCAGAAGGCCGGGCUAGAGAGGAGAGAAAUAGACUUGGGUUUGGUUAAUUUGUAUAAGAUGCUACUGAGCACACCUCUUCAUGCGCAACCCCCAGGUCUCUCAUGAUGUUCUGAAAUGUAUACGUUGUUUUAGGGUUAUUUUGUGUGCUUUUAAAAAAUUCCACUUAUGCAAUUAACUUGGAAUUUGCUUAGUCCUUAAUAGGCCUGUGUUAUUUCCUACUCCUCCAGUACAAUAAAUAAAAGAAAGAUGCUGAUGA